AUGGAAAUGCUGCCCUGGAACAGAGCCAGGGUGGCUUUUGCCGAUUUGGAAAGCCCUGUGCUGUCCCUGCCUGGAAUGCGGGCAAAGGAACCCCGUUGCUCCCAGCACGACAUUAAUGAGCUGCUGGCGCGACUCGAGGGCAGAGGCUCUCUGAAGAAUCUGGAACCUUAUCUGUUUGCUGAGGAAGGAUCUCCUGUUCAUGGAGACAUCAUUGAAUUCCACGGGGCAGAAGGAACAGGAAAAACGGAAAUGCUCUAUCACCUCAUAGCCCGCUGCAUCAUUCCAAAGUCAGGAGGAGGGCUGGAAGUGGAAGUCAUGUUCAUUGACACAGACUACCACUUCGACAUGCUCCGCCUGGUUACCAUUCUGGAGAACAGGCUGGCACAAAGGACGGAGGAAAUGAUAAAGCAGUGCCUGGGAAGGCUUUUCCUUGUGAACUGCAAUAGCAGCACUCAGUUACUGCUCACUCUCUACUCUUUAGAAAACCUGUUUUGCGCUCACCCCUCGCUCUGUGUUCUGCUUUUAGACAGUAUAUCAGCUUUUUAUUGGAUAGACAGAAGCAACGGAGGGGAGAGUCUUACCUUGCAGGAGAUGAAUCUGAAGAAAUGUGCCAGCUUUCUUGAAAAGCUUGUGAGACAGCACCACUUGGUCCUCUUUGCAACAACACAGACACUUAUGCAGAAAUCUGCAAACUCUGCAGAAGGCUUUUUCCCUUUAAAACUUCCACAUGAAACUGAUACAGACUAUAGACCAUAUCUUUGUAAAUCGUGGCAACAAAUGGUAACCCACAGGAUAUUUUUCUCUAAGCAAUGUAGUUCUGGCAACAGCAAUGGUUUUACAGUCAUUUCUUGCCACCUCAAAAGAAACCAGGUAGUAAAACGUUCAUUUAGUGUUGCAGAAGGUGGAGUUCAGUUUUAACUUCAGUUUGUAAACCUUUAGCAACUCUUGGUGCUUAACACCUGAUUAGGUCUAAGUAGUUUCUGGUACCUUUAAAACUAGCUGGUUGUUGCUGAGUGAUUAAGAAUUUUUGUCACCAUUUUCUUAAAAUUUAGUGACAUUUUUGUUCAUGCUUAACCAAAGACACAUUAAACUCCAAGUACCCUUCAGUAAUCUAACCUGUGUGAUAUGUGGCCAAAUGCACUGAUUGAAUUUCUGGGUCUUGCUGCUUUACACCCCUUCUCUUCCAAGCUCCAGCAGUAGGAGCGUGGUUUGGUCCCUGGGGGAGGCUGUGGAGAGGCGAGAGUUCACUUUAUAGACAUUGGCCUUGGUUUAUUCCCUGUAGCCGUGGGCAUAAGAAAUGUAUUCACCUCUUUGCCUGAAGAAGGGGAUUCAUGGUCACAGCCUGUGAAGUGGUGGCAGUCCUGACUCUGCUGCUCCAGGGUCGCAGACACUCUGUUUCCAUUGGCAUGUUCUGGGAGGAGCAGGGAUUGCAGGUGUUCUGGCCUUUACAAACAUCUGGGUUUGAAAAAUCUACACCCAUCUCAGAAAAAGAGGCCUGAUUUCCAUAACUGAAGGUAAACUAAAGACCCAGUUCUGGGUACCUGUGAGUUUGUGCUACAUGCAGCAAAUAGUUUAGCUUUUGAAAAUAAUUAAGUGCUGGUUAUGGGUUGUUUGGGGUGGGUGUGUGGGGGUUUUUUCGUUGU